UACAGCAAUACCAGCAUUGACACAAUUCCUUGCUGUGUUACAUUUUGUGGCCACUGGUUCAUACCAGCAUGUUGUUGGCGAUCUGGUUGGCAUGUCGCAGGGCCAGUUCAGUAAGGUCCUGCGGCGUGUCAGCCAGGCUUUUAUUAAGCGCGUUAAGCAAUUUAUUGCUAUGCCUUUGGAUGUUGGGGCCCUAGAUGUGGUGAAGCGGCAAUUUGAGGAAGGUGGUAGUUGCUUCCCACAUGUUAUUGGGGUUGUGGAUGGCACACAUGUAGCUAUUGUACCACCAAGACAUAAUGAAGACAUUUAUAGAAACAGGAAACUGUUUCAUUCUCUGAAUGUAAUGGUUGUUUGUGGGCCAUCCCUCCAGAUCCUGUCCCUGAAUGCUAAGUUCCCGGGGAACUCCCAUGAUGCCCAUGUCAUUAGACAAUCAGGGAUAUGGCACAGAUUAAGAUCGAUGGAAGGUCAAGACAUGUGGUUAUUGGGAGACCGUGGAUAUCCUUGCACCCCCUGGCUCAUGACUCCUUACAGUAAGCCCAGGCCAGGACCACAGACGGCAUUUAACUCCGCGCUUACUGCCACUAGACAGCUGGUGGAGCGCACGAUUGGUGUCCUUAAAGGGCACUUUCGUGUGCUCCACCGCACUGGUGGCGACAUCAUGUAUUGGCCGGAGAUGGACCACCACAACGGCAAGCUGCUGCAGGGAGGCCAGACCAGUCCCCUUCUCAGCCCCCCUCCCCUUCACAGUCCCCCUCCUCUUCCCAGUCCCCCUCCCCUUCACAGUCCCCUUCUCAGCCCACCUCCCCUUCUCCUUCUCAGGCCCCCUCUCCUUCUCAGGCCCCCUCUCCUUCUCAGCCCCCUUCUCCUUCUCAGGCCCCCUCUCCUCAGCCCCCUUCUCCUUCUCAGGCCCACUCUCCUUCUCAGCCCCCUUCUCCUUCUCAGGCCCCCUCUCCUUCUCAGCCCCCUUCUCCUUCUCAGGCCCCCUCUCCUUCUCAGCCCCCUUCUCCUUCUCAGGCCCCCUCUCCUUCUCAGCCCCCUUCUCCUUCUCAGGCCCCCUCUCCUUCUCAGCCCCCUUCUCCUUCUCAGGCCCCCUCUCCUUUUCAGCCCCCUUCUCUUUCUCAGGCCCACUCUCCUUCUCAGCCCCCUUCUCCUUCUCCUUCCCAGUCCCCUUCUCAGCCCCCCUCACCCUCUAUUGCCCAAACACUCUCUCCGCCCCCCUCGCCCUCUCAAUCAGACCCACCCUCUGAAAUGACGUCCCCAAUCACUCCUCCUUCACCCAUCCAGCCUCCUUCCCCAAUCCAGCCUCCUUCCCCCAUCCAGCCGCCUUCCCCCAUCCAGCCGCCUUCCCCCAUCCAGCCGCCUUCCCCACCCAGUGAAUGGGCACAAGAAGCACCAGAGGAAAAUUCGGGGAGUCCUCAUGUGGCUGAAGAAAAUGUUGCAGUUGGAGAUCCCACAACUUUUGCGGGCAUUCUGGCCACCAUGCACCAAAAUCUGCAAUCCUUGCUGGCUAGUGUGGAGCAGCUGCAAAAAUUUGGAUGAUUUUUUUGUUUAAUUUAAUAUUUCCAGUUUUUAUUUACAAAAAAUAAAUAAAAUAAAAACAAAUCAUAUUUCAA